UCCACACUUGUGCCCACCGCAAUCGGAAACUAAAACAUGGCGGCGUGGAGUGGAUUGUUCCGUGGCGCAGGCCAAAUUUUAGUUCGACAAAAGUUUGCAAAACCAAGUCAGCCUCUAAAUAAUGCGGUUACAAGAUUUAUGUCCGGUGAUGGACAUCACAGAAUUUUCCCACUGGCACCAACACGUUGGCAUUGGGAUAAAACAAAAGAUUUAUUACACUUUUAUGUUAUGAUUGGAGUUAUUCCUCUUUCGAUUGCAGUCUUUUGUAUAAAUAUUUUUAUUGGUCCUGCAACUCUUAUGGAAAUUCCAGAGGGUUAUACUCCAAAGCACUGGGAAUAUUAUCGGCACCCCAUAUCUAGAUGGCUGUCACGUUACGUAUUUCCAUCAGAUCAAAUGGAGUACGAAAAGUACAUGCAUUUCAUUUGGGCCGAACAGGAAGUUUCUAAACUGCGUGAACUCGAACAGCGGGUACUGGAUUUGAUGAGAGAACGAGUUGACUACCAGUACUAUUACUACGAGCCCUACACCAACGCUAAGUAUGUAAGAAGACAAGCCCAAGGUGAAAAAGAUGAAGCCGAACUUUACGCCGGUCACGUCGAUUAAAACCAAUCGCUCGUCUUUUUAUUAUCUGGGAUAUACCGUUUAGAAAUGAAUGUUUAUCAUAGAAAUAUAUAGUUCGAUUGGAUCAUUGUACAGUGUCAUACUUAAUAAAUUAUUUCAUAAGUAA